CGUGUUCAUGGCCUCCACCGAGGCCUUUCCCUAUCCGUAUCCGCUAUCGGAAGCCUAAAUCCGGGCACUGCGAGUGACUGGAGUCCCCUGAUGUCACUCAGGAGCCGCCUGCCUUCCCUCCUCCUCCUCCUUCUCCUCCCUCCUCCCGGUCUCUCCCCCCCCGCUCCUGCCUCUCUUCCCCGCUGCACUCGGCGACCGUGUCGGCCGCCAGGAGAAGGGCCGCGGGAAGAAGGGAAUGGGACUGUUUUAGUGUUUUUAUUCCUCGUUUAUUCAGAAAAGACUCGCGGAAUGCGGACGGCGGGAUGGAGGCGCCUCUCCGUACCGAGCUCGCUCCGCUGAUGCGGGCCGUGUCUGCCUGCACCGCUAGCCGCCGCCUGCUCUCCACACCACGGCAACAUGGACCCCGCUUCUCCUGAUCGCCUUUACGUCGCUAACAAAAGGAAACCUUCGAGAAAAUAGCGCGAGAGCUCCGCGGAAAGAUUGGUACAGGUGGCCCCACCACAUGGAGAAGGUAGGCAAGGUGUGGAGCAACCUGAAGAGGGGAUGUCAGUCUCUGCUCCACCCAGAUGGAGGUUCCCGUGGGGAACAAGUUCAACAGCAGACUCAGCAAGAUACAUUUUGCCAGAGUGUGGACCAGCCCGAGCGAGAGGCCCAGCCACCACAAUCACCAGCCAGCCCUUCCUCUCGCAGCCGGUCAGCUCUCCCUCUGGUCUCCCGGAGGGUCAAUGGGAGCGCUGGAAGGCGGCACCAUAACUGUGUGGCUGAUGUUCCUCAGAUAUUGGAGAUAACAGUAGAGCAGGACACAGAGGAUGGACGUGUCCCUCUGGGUACCCGCAGAGACUCUUAUUCGCGUCACGCUCCCUGGAGUGGCAAGAAGAGGCACUCGUGCUCCACCAAGGCACAAAGCUCCUUGGAGACCACCGAACGACGCAGUGGCCGUUCUCGCCGUAGGCAUGGAACAAGCGGCAUUAGCAGGGAAGAGCUUGAACCAGGAGCGCCGCGCUCCCUGCGCCAGCAGUUCCAUGACACUAUGGGCCUGUGCCUACCUCUCCGCUCUUCGUCGCGCAAUGCCCAGGUUCGACCACCUAAACGCAAGAUACAGAUCACCGAGCUCAUGCUGGAGACGUGCCCCUUCCCACCUGGCUCAGACCUUGCCCGCAAAUGGCACCUUAUCAAACAACAUACAACGCCUGUUGCCUCCACAGCAGUGGACUGUUCUACAGAAGGUCCUGAUGCCGCUCGUGGAUCUCCGGAGGACGAGGAAGAGCGCCUGCGCGAGCGACGAAGACUCAGUAUAGAAGAGGGCGUGGACCCACCACCUGAUGCCCAGAUUCACACAGUAGAGGCCAUUACAGCUCCCCUGGCCUCCAUCUACAAGCUAGGACCUAAACUGGCCCCCGGGAUGGGGGAGACCGUCGGCGAGAGCCGGGGAGCCACGGCGGCUGACUGUGACUCCGAAGACGAUGACUCUACCACCCUUUGCUUGCAGGCUCGUCGACCCAAGCAGCGGCACGUCUCAACGGAGAGCCACUUGGGCAGUAAGCAAGCAGGGCUGUGGAAGGUGCACACACAGAUCGACUACAUCCACUGCCUGGUGCCUGACCUGCUGCAGAUCACAGCACUGCCGUGCUACUGGGGGGUGAUGGACCGCUACGAGGCUGAGGCGCUGCUGGACGGCCGGCCUGAGGGCACCUUCCUACUGCGCGAUUCGGCGCAAGAAGACUACCUGUUUUCUGUAAGCUUCCGUCGCUACGGCCGCUCACUACACGCGCGCAUCGAGCAGUGGAAUCACAACUUCAGCUUCGACGCCCACGACCCCUGCGUGUUCCACGCGGCCACGGUGACGGCGUUGUUGGAGCACUACAAAGACCCCAGUGCCUGCAUGUUCUUCGAGCCCCUGCUCACCUCGCCUCUUCACCGGACCUUUCCAUUCGGACUGCAGAGCCUGGCCAGGGCCACCAUCUGCCGCGGGACCACCUACGACGGCAUUGCGGCGCUGCCUCUGCCGCAGGCACUGCAAGACUAUCUCAGGGAGUAUCACUACAAGCAGAGGGUGCGAGUGCGCUGGCUGGAGCGAGAGCCGCUCAAGGCUAAGUGAGAUGAAGCUGACCUUGAGCUCGACUCGGCUCGGCUCCUGCUAGACUUAUCAAGGUGUGGGAAGGGGGUUACACUGUGUACCGAGCAGCAGCAGGGGUUAAGGGGCUCUCCCAGAAGAGUGAGCAGUCCGUUCAGCACUUUGCAGAGUUGGGGGGAUUCUAUUGUGUAUUGAGUUUUUUAUUGCGGGAAAAGGCUUGAAAGGGGUGAAAAGGUGCAUACGUGGGGCGAGGGAGCAAAAGGGGCCUGAAUCCGAACACAAUAUAAUAAUAAUAAGCUUUUGUCGUUUUAUUCUUUUUGUUUAUGUCUUUGUUUAUUAACCAACACCAACAAUUACAUAUAGCUAUAGGUUAUAGAGCUGAAGUGGCUCUCCGGUAGACAAAUCACUCUUCAUCUUCUCUUCAUCGGCUUCUUUCUGGACUUGACUUAAGUAGACUGAAGGAGUUGUUGGGGGGAGCCUGGCUUUAGGUUUAAUUCGCCCACCUCCAGGCUCUUUUGGGGUGGAGGGGGUUCUCAUUGCUAGACUGGGUACAUGGUUUUACUCCCCCCCUCCCCCCCUUCCCCCUCUUCUUCUUCCCACUGGUUGGUUCACACACUUUCACACACUAAUGUACAGUACAAUUGUGCAGCCGUUAAUCGUCAGCCGUCACCUUCCUACUUUCUUCAGGAUGCAUUGCAAAAAAUGCUUUUGUUGUCUUUUUUCUAAGGUCAUAUCGUAGGGUGUUGGGAGGGGCUGAGCUGUGAUCAAGCUGUUACGUUCGUUUACCCAUAAUCCUUUGCUUUCAAAGUGCUCUGUCAGUGUUUCCCCAAGAUGUAGCAGGUGUUGAAGCAGGCUUGAAGAGCCGGAAACAGAAAGGGGGAUUGACCCUGUUCACAGAGAACAACACAAAGAAAGAAAGAAAGAAAGAAAGAAAGAAAGAAAGAGAGAGAAAGAGAUGGAGAGAUCCAUGAAAUGUGCAUUUUAUUUUAGUACUAUGUGUCCAGACAGCCAUUGGAAGACCCCUGUAGGAAGGCCCCCAAUGUCUGCAGAAGGGCUCUGUGACAUUCUGCUUCUUUUUCACUUCCAGGAAGUGACAAAAAUGGACGGUGAUGCAUAAUGUGGCUACAGUGUUGAUUUGUGUCAUGUGAUGCGAGUGCACCUGGUUUUCGAGAAAAAGGAAUGAAAGAAAAUAAGAAACAUACUUUACGCUUGAGCUCUCUGUUGCUGUCAGUAUGUUUUGUAAUCAUCGAUUCCUACCACUAAUUGCACAGGCAGUGGGGAUGAUGAUGCUAAUCGUGUGUUGUCUGUUUUUUGUAUUGUGAAUGGACUGUCGGUGCCGUGGGAGCGAGGCACUGAUGAAGGGCACUUUAACUCAACUGUGCUUAUUUUAGUGGGAGCAGCAGCGGAGGAAAUGUGUGUAUGUACGUAUAAUCGUAGCGCUGUCAUGCAAAAACCUUGGAUCUCCAAGAUGGCAACCUUGCAGGACUUAACUUUUUAAGUCGAAAUCUGUGGUGUGUUUUUGCGAUAUCACGAUACGUUGCCCACAAUAAUAAUGAUCUCAUGAUAUUGUGAUUUUUUUGGUACUUGAUAUAUAUCGCAAGACAAUUCUCUACAUUAAUUCAUCUUUGUUAUUGACUAGGAUAAAAUGCGUAUAAAUAAGCAAAUACCAGGAUUUCACAGAAUUUGGCAACCAACCAAUACUCUUAACUGAAGGUUUACUCUAUUCAUUUGAUUUACUGCCGCCACAUAGAGCAAUGAAGCAGCAACUUAAAUCAAGUUGUGGGCAAGUUUUUGGGAGUUAAAUCUAUGUUUUCUAUGUAUCGAUAAUGUAUUGCCAAUGAAGUUGAUACUUUAUCCCACCUCUAGCUGUUAUACAAUUUGAAUCCUGGAUCUCGCUGCUUACCAUCAGCAGCCGGAGUCCGAGAGAGAGCACAAUUGGCUAUGCUCUUUCUGGGUGGGUACAGUAUGUGGUGCUCUCUCAUCUCAUUAAUCAUUACUAGUGUUUUUUGUUUGUCUGCAUAGGAGUCUAAAAGCUGAUUUAUCAGAGCUGGGGAUCUGGCACUUUCCUCAGACUGUUUUGGGUACCUGUUGAUGCUGCAUUCAUAGCAACAGUGCUAAAGUACCGCAUGCUAAAGGAGGCGUGUGUGCUAGCAUUUGCCCACCUGGUUGAGCUGGGGGAAUUAGCAUUUAUAUGGUGAGUUCCUAUAAAAAAGGGGAUUGGGUAACUAGAUAUUAGAAAAUUAGAUACAAGAGAUGCAAGUUUUAGCAUGACAGCGAUGAGAUUAUUUUAUAUAUUAGAAACCCUACAACACUGGGACCAUUGUUGUUAGACAUAUAAACACAUUCAUAUACAGACACACACUCACACACACACACACACACACCCAUAUUCAUAUAUUCAUACACACAUAUUAUAGGGCUUACAUAUACAUACCCAGACUCUCUAAGCUCACUUUUACCUUGUUUGAUCCACAUUGCACUAGACUGACAGGACUGGCGACUGUGUCUCCGUGUGCACGAAGCUUGCUAAGUCGUUAAGUGGUUACGGUUAAAUGGGAGUUAUUGAAAUGCUUGUAAGUAAUGUGCAAGUUAGGCUAUAAAUUCAUAUUCCUGCAUUAUUGCUAUGCCUCAUCCUCAAAAGCUAAGAUCAGUUCCUGCUCUCCUGAGUGCUAAUCAAUAACGUCUGAACGUAGUUAACAUGCUGGCUGGCAGAGGGAGGAUGCUAUUUUAAGCAAAGACGCACUUCAAAUUCUCUACAGAUGUAGAUCCAGCAGUGCAGUAUAUUUUAUUAACCCUAAUUAAUCCAAUUUUCCAUGCAUUUACAUCUGAUGUUAAAAUACAGACCAUAGCAGAUCUAUGCAUCAGUAGCGUCAGAUUAGAGCUGGGCAAUAUGGCAAAAAUAUUUUGUUCGCUUGUGGUGAGAACAUGAUCCGGACUCGGCCCGACCCAGCUAUCAAAUAUAUUUCGUUUUAAUUGAGCUAAAGAGCAUGGUAUGUGCAGCGUUCACUACUGUGAAAACGCUCUUUUAUACCGAGCAAAUUAAGUUCUAAUUCAGAAAUCCUUACAAUCAAGCUGAUAUGUUUAUAAUAAAGUAAAAUAUUUGCUCUAUUCAAUUUAUCAUACAUUCUUUAUUCCAGUGCCCCAUGUUAUGGCUUUAUUUCCCCUCAAACAUGCAAGUAUAUACUAGUAUUUUAAUUAACAUCACUAAUAUAAAUAUAAUUGAAUUUUACAUUUGUUAACAUUUUCUUGUAUUUACAUAAAAAGAAUCCGCUAUAAAAAUGGCGUCUUAAAAGGAAAGUGUGAUUUAUUGCAGUUAAUCACAGAAUAUUGUCAUACUGUGUGAUUAAGUUUUACAUUUUUUUUUUCAUCAAUUGUCACCACUAAUCAAGAUACAAUAAAAUAUCGCUAUAUUGCCCAGCUCUACAACAGAUCUUAAAAAAAAAAACUCUGGUACAAUCCCGCACUGUACAGAGAAUUUAUUUCAAAUUGACCUGUUUUUCAUCCCAUUUUUAAUAGGAGUAAUUACACACUUUGUAAUGAAAUGUAAACACUAAUGGUAUCCACAUUAUGCUUGAAAAAGUAUAUUGUCAAUCAUAUUUUAAAGAAAUAUAUAUAUGGUAAUAUUGCCUAGCUCUACUGUAAGUUAUCAGAUUUUGCAUAAUACAUGCUUUUUUCAUUAUGAUCACAGUGACCUAACCAUUCUAAAAGUGAACAGCAUGGUAUUGAUAUUGUGACACUGUUUGAUUGGGGUGGUGCUGUGGGGCAGGAUGGGUCUCACCUGAGAAGUACAGUGGUCUUUUGAUCAGGCUCAGCUGUCCCUCUCACUGCCUGCCUAUAAAGGUGUUAUACUUAGUUUGGCUCCAGUCGAAACACUUUUAUUAAACCUGGCGUGUGUGUGUGCGUGUGUGUGCGCGUGUGCGUGUGUGUGUGUGCGCGUGUGUGUGUGCGUGUGCGUGUGCGUGUGUGUGUGCGUGUGUGUGUGCGUGUGUGUGUGCGCGUGCGCGUGUGUGCGUGUGUAGACGGUAGGGUGGGUAACGGGACGUGUCCACUUGCUCUUUUCUUAUUUCUUGAAUCUUAUUUUAAUCUAAAUCUGAAAAUGCAGAAACUGUUAUCAGCUUCUCAUCUAUGGAGCUUAAAAGGUGUGGCUUAAUGGAAUAUACUUGAAAUAUGUAAUGGUUUAAUUCAUAAAUUGAUUAAUGAAUGGCAUUUUGUGUUUUGAAAUUGUGAUGAAAUUUGCUCUUGGGGGGAAAAAACUUAGGACAAAUAGAAUCUUUUGAUUCUUUAUAAUGAAAAAAAGAAGUACAUCUGUACAUUAUAAUCUUUUGUAAAUAGAUGUGAAUUCAUGGAUCUGAUUUUUCCCCAAGUAAUCCCAAGGUAUUUAUAAAUGCGAUGUGUUAUUUGUUUUUGAAAAAAUGUUUUAAAAUAACAAUUUUCAGUUUUUAAAAAUGUUCAAAUCCCAACUUUUAUAAAAAUGUUUUUUUUUUAUCAUGAAAAUUAAUUAUGUUCAAUUUUUCUUUUUUUAAUAGCAAUUUUUUUACCUCCUGUUCAAAAGGCAGAAACUGCAUUUGUACAGUUUAUGAACUAAAAUAGAGUAAAGUUUAUUAAAGGUCAGGUCCUUUUUUAUUUAAAUAUACAAAAAAUGUCAUAUAUUAAGCUCCAUACAAUUCGUUGACUUAAAACAGCAAGUGGACACGUUCCGAACUGUGAUAAUAGGGUGUGUGUGUGUAUGUGUAUAUGUGUGUAUAGACUUCCUGAAAUGGCUCCUCCCUCUUCUGUCCUUUGUUACUAAAGAGAUGUACUGGAUGAACAUAUAUUAGAGAUACAGAUUUUAAAAUUAAUUAGCUAUUUUGUAUUAUAUUAGUAAUCCUAACGAAAGGCAAUAAGUCAUUGCCUUCGGGUUUUUAGUGAACAUGAUGAUCCCGGGAGAAGUGGGAGAGAAUCAGAUAGGAAAGCUGAGAAAAAACAUGAAAAAAUCACCAGAAAUGCGAAAAGUAACAGUAAAAAUGGGUGAUUGUGUCAUAAAUGUGUAUUAGAGGAAGUGUAAUGUAUUUAAAGUGACCAAAGGUUCUGGUUUUGACUGGAGCAGAUCCAGAUCAAUCCGCUGACCCAGAGAUGAAGAACGUUCUCUGAGCGAAAAACGUUAAGAUUUACAGGUGAAACAUUUCAAAGAUACAGAGGGGCCGGCUUUGAGAUCCUACAAAGGUGCUGAUUGGCUCUCUGUGGUGCGACGUUUAUUUCAAAAGUGCCUUUUCCCUUUCGAAUGAUCUAAUGAUCUUUAAUCUAGCGAUUUCUCCCUGCAGAAAUUUCAGCGUUUAGCCUCCAGGGUUCUGGUGCGCUUCAGACAACUUGCAGUCGAGUGAGAUGUCCUGUUAGAUAGUAGGAAGUUUUAAAUAGAUUUAUAUAUAUGUAUGUAUGUAUGGAAGUUAUGUAUGUAAACAUAAUAAUAAAUGUAGUAGUGUGUGUGUAUGUAGAUAGGUAUGUGUGCUAAAAGGAGGUGUUGAAAAUGUUAAUGAUGAUGAUGAUGAUGAUGAUGAUGAUGCCGUUAGGAUUGGUAUUGGUGUAAGAAAAUAAGAAUACAAAGAAAAGGCUUGUAACUAGGGCUGGACAAUAUGGUAAUAUGAAAAUUUGCACAAUACAUUAUAUUUAUCAUCAUAUUUUCACAUGCAAAUAGGCCCGUCAUGAUGAUUACAUUUAUUUUGCAAUUUAUUAUGUCUGUUUAGUUUUAAAUCAGUGCAUAUAUUGUAUUUAUGCUUCAUUUAUUUUGAAUGCUUUAUAUUAUUUCAAUACAGCUCUGGAAAACAAAUGAGACCACUUAAAAAUUAUUUAUUUUUUAUUUUUUUUUAUAACCAAAUUGAAAACCUCUGGAAUAUAAUCAAGAGGAAGAUGCACGAUCACAAGCCAUCAAACCAAGCUGAACUGCUUGAAUGUUUGCUCCAGGAGUAAAGGCAUAAAGUUAUCCAAAAGCAGUGUGUAAAAAUGGUGGAGGAGAACAUGCCAAGAUGCAUGAAAAUUAAAUGAAAAUUCAGUCCAGUAGCUAAAUUAAUAAUUAAAAUUACCUUGAAUUGCAUUAAUAUGCUAUAAUAUAGAUAUGAUAUAAAUGUAAAGCCAUUGAUAUUAUGAUCAUUAUAUUAGUUGCAUAAUAUGAUCAUAAAAUCACACUAAUAUUGAUUUUGUAAUUCACUUUUGGAUAAUAUAUAAAGAAACAUUUUGAUUAUCAUGACAGACCUACUGUACAUGCAGACAAAGUGCAUUAGUAGCAGCAGAAUCUUAAAAAAAACCUCAAAAUAAUAGUUAUUUAAAUACAGUGAUGUUUAAAAUAUUGUCAUAUUGUCCAGCUCCACUUCUAACUCAGCCCUUAUAUUUUAGCACCCAAUAUGUUUUAGAUUAGCCUUUUUUCUAAUAUUGAUCACCCCCACCUGCUCACUGUUUUAAGGUACCUUUUUUUAUUUUUUAUAAUGUAUAAAUGGUUGUAGUUACAGGCCACCUGGUGUAUGAUUUAGUAUAAUUCUAACCACCUUCCUGCACACAAAGCGAAGCAGCAAGGACAGUUCUAUUAUCUGACAUUAAUUGUCAGAAGAGUUCAUGCAGUGUAAUCUACGCGAUUGAACAAAACAGCAGCGCUUCACGUGAAGUUUCGGUUUCAUCCUACAGCCAGAAUCACAGGAGGUGAUAAAGUAGUUCAGACUGACAGCUGAGCGUAUCACAGAGAAUUUACUAUUUAAACUUUGUUUUUAAUCUGUUAAUUAUCCUUUGAUGCUUUAGCUGCGUUCUAGUUCAGCCAUUUCAUUAGAAACAGUGAGCGAUUGUGACACAAGCCUUCUAAUAUUUUUGUAACAAAGACAUCAGUCCAAAUAUUUCAUAUACAAAUAUACAGCUCUGGGAAAAAUUUAAGAGACCAAUUCAGUUUCUGGAUCAGCUUCUCUGAUUUUGCUAUUUAUAGGUUUAUGUUUAAGUAAAAUGAACAUCGUUGUUGUUUUAUUCUAUAAACUGCGGACAUUUCUCCCAAAUUCCAAAUAAUAUUGUCAUUUAGAGCAUUUAUUUGCAGAAAAUGAAAAAUGUCUAAAACAGCAAAAAAAGAUUCAGAGCUUUCAGACCUUAAAUAAUGCAAAAAAAUCAUACAAUUUUAAGAGUAGGAAUAAAUAUUUGGUGUUUUUUUAAUCACAGUUUUUUAAUGCAUUUUGGUAUGUUCUCCUCCACCAGUCUUACACACUGCUUUUGGAUAACUUUACGCCUUUACUCCUGGUGCAAAAAUUCAAGCAGUUCAGUUUGGUUUGAUGGCUUAUGAUCAUCCAUCUUCUUUAUUUUUUAAAAUCAAAGAAACUCAUACAUUUUAAGUGGUCUCUUAUUUAUUUUUAUUUUUUUCCAUGUUUUUUUUUUUAACAGAGCUGUAUAUUUAAAGGGCUGGGAGGUUAUGAUGUAUGAUGUAUAUAUAUGUAUCAGAUGUCAGUACCACAUCUUGGUCAGAUUUAAGAUUUAAUCUGCCCAACAGAUGUGACAAUGUGACGUAUGAUAAAGUCCAAAUCAGAGUAGAAAAAGUCAGAUUCAGUGUGUUCUUGUUCAAAUCUGUGUCACUUAUGAUGCAUACAAUCAGAUUAGAUUAGGGAGACUUUCGGCUGCUGUGUGUGAACACAACUCAAGUGACCUACAGUGGGCCUAAUGUUCAUGCUGAUGUUGAUGCUGAUUUUAGGAGGCCAGUUGUUUACUUGAUGAUUCUGAAUCGUAUGUAAAAUGAUUUUUUUUCUCCUGGUCGGCAAGCACGGGGGGAACCCUAGCAGGAAUUUUUAGUUUUGUUUUAUUAAAGGAUUAUUAUAUUAUUAUAAUAUGCUUUGAUAUGACAAUACGCUCAUUGUCGCCAUUGCAGUUAAUCACAAUGUAAGGGAAAUUCUUACAAGCCAUUUCAUGAGGAAGGUUGCACACACUUUUACCAUAGGAGAGACUGUUUGUUUCUUUGUUUGUUUGAUUGAUCGUUUCUUUGUUUCCCGUUCAAUGUUCUCUGGCAUGAAUUCUGUACACAUAGCAUAGGGUCGAGUAUAGCAAGCUUAGGCAGAAAAAAAGUGAAUUAAAACGAUUUUUCUGGUUGUCUGACUGACUUUUUGUUUGAAUUCUGUGUAUUUACAUUAGGAAAAAAUAAAAAUACAAAAAAAUAAGCUGCAAUGGAUCGUGAACAUCACAAUGGUUACAACUCUGUCACUUUAAUGCUGUAUAUGCACAUUUAGUGGAGGGGAGGGGAGGGCAUCAUGGGUGGGGGUGAGGAUGCGGAUGGGGCGGGGCCUGGGUACCACAGCGCCAUUGGGACAGCACUUGGAUGGACCCUCCAAUAUAUGACUUUUGUACCUCCCACCCAUCCCACCAACCUGCCCCCACCUUAUGGAUUAAACUGCCGAAAAAAAAAAAAGCCCCUCAAAGCACGUGCCCAGAGAACCAGCGUGGGCCGUCUUGAACUACGAGUAGAUCACUCACUCUCUUUCUCACCAUCUUUUGAUUUGCGUCAUUUUUACAGUUCAUUUUUGUUUGUUUUUACACUGCCCAAGGUUUGUACUGUACAGUGUAAUCACUCACCCCUUUCUCUAUCUCUUUAAUCUCUCUCUCUCUCUCUCUUUAUUUCUAUUAUGCUCGCUCUCUCUUUCUCUGUAUAUCUAUCUUAUGUACAGUUUUAACGGUCCUCACUUCAGGCUAUGUUACUAAGUUGCUCUGUUGUAUUAUUUUGUUUGACUUUGGGUUACAGUAUGCUGUUGGGGGGCAGAGGGGAAGUGUUCCUCGGCCUCCAGUAGCUGUCACUCUCGGUGCUCUUCGCUUAUAUGCUUCAUUGUCUUAAUAUUCAAAAUAACAAAUAAAUAAUUAAAACAGUCA